UUGAGGUAUGUUUUGAUUCUAACUGUACGCUGUUUGUAGAAGUGGUCGUUGUCUAAGUUGAAUUAAACUAUUGAAUUGAAGAACGUAUCGGGAAAAUAAUGGGGGCAUGUGUAAAAAUUUCGAAGUACAUGCUUUUUCUUUUUAAUAUACUGUUUUGGAUUGCUGGAGGAGUCGCACUAGGGCUGGGAAUUUACUUCCGAGUUAAAGAUGAUGCAAACACGGUGGUGGAAGUAGCUGGAGUCACAUUUUAUUAUGCAGGGUGUUACGUCAUGAUCACUGUUGGGUCUGUUAUGUUUGUGUUGGGAUUUCUGGGAUGCUGUGGCGCAAUCAAAGAGAACAGGUGUUUACUGGGAAUUUAUUUUGCAUUCCUGUUUAUCAUCUUCAUUGUCCAAUUGGGAGUUGGAAUUUGGGGACUUGUCAACCAAGAUACGAUCGAGCAAGAUAUUCAAAACGCCUUGAAUGAGUCUACUCCGCUGGAUCCCGCGACAGAUGAGGCAUACACACAGAGUGUAAUAUCCAUGGAAAAUAGGUUCCAAUGUUGUGGAUUGGUGAAUGGAUGUUCCGAUUGGAAAGACGGCGUUGCUUACGGAUGUGCAUGCAAAUUAACAGAAGAAAAUUGUGGAGUUGUGCCGGGAGAAUGUUCGAAUGCUGAAAGCAACCCUCUGUCAGGAAUUUACACACAACCUUGCUACAACUCCAUUUAUCAAGUCAUAAUAGAUAACCUGGUCCUUGUUGCUGGUAUCGCGAUAGGAAUCGGACUGAUGGAGAUAUUUGGAAUGAUCUUCGUUAUCGUUAUUUGCAGAAACAAAAAGAAAGAAUAUUCAUCAUAUUAGAUCUAAUUAAAAUACAAUCACAAUAAUUUCUUAAUAAUAUAAUAUAAGCAUUAAUAAUUAUUCAGUUGAUGAAGUUUGAGCCAUAAGCGUAACCGUAUCAUGUGCUGACCAUUGUCAACGACCAAUAAUUGUCAUAAAUCUGUAAAUAUUGUUGUUAAUUUUUACGCAAUUAAUAUUUAAAAUAAAUAUGUAGUAUUUGUAGAAAAACAAAAAAAAAACUCUCGUUCAGUAUUCACUCGACAUUAAAUAUGGGCAUGGUUAAUUUUAUACAAGUUCAUAAGAUGUUUUGAUUACACACGCACAUCUUACAACAAAGGUAAUUUUUAGUUUUAACUUUUUUCAUUUUGGAUUUGUCUUCAGGUAGUACUUUAUCUCAAAAAAUAUGCUGUUUGUUAUAUAUAUCGAGAAAAUAAUUUUGAAAUAUCCGUAGUGUACAACAAAAGGGGUAAUUUUCUUUUCCAUCAGAAUUUUCUUUCUCAACAAACACAAAUCAUUUUUACCGAAACACCUCCAAAUAUGUACAACAAUACAAUUAAA